AUGGAAACUCAACAAGGGCGAGUUGGUGGCCGAACUGGGCAAGCUCAACAUCAUGGUGAACCCUCGCUGGACCGUGCUGGAGCUUCGCCAUGUGCUGACACAGGAGUUGAAAGCCAGGAAGUGGCGAGUAUGAACCUGUCAGAACUUCGGAGCGAGGCCACCCGCCUGGGGAUCUCCUACACCAUGAAGGACACAAAGGCCCUGCUCACCCUCCGCAUCCGCGACACCACCUGCCCGGACAAGACGUUGAUGACACUGGUACGGUUCCAAGGCAUCAUGUACAAGGACAUCCCAAAGGGCUAUGCCGAUUGGACCGUGCGGGAGAUGGAAGCCAAUCGGGACAACAUACAUCCCGACCUCCUUCGCUUUGCGCUCUGGCAUCAGGAUCGAAUGAAGGCCGAAGCCCAAGGCUACUCGUACCAGGGCAAGCGCCUGGAUCAAUGCGAGGCCGAGGCGACGAUUCCUCCGCCACCUGUGUCAGAGACCGGAACCUCGGCGAGUUGGACGGUGACACAUGGAGAAGAUCUACACCAACAAGUCCCACGGAAGACACCCGGCACUACCAGGCGGAGAUCCGAGUUGACUUCGAUCGCGACCUCGAGCACCGAGAAGGACCGCAUCUCCAAGGACGAGGACGACGACCCAACUCGACCGAUCCCCCCGAAGACCCACGGCUCUACCAGGCGCCGCGCCGAGACGACGACUCCCGCAACAACGAGGAUGGAUCAGGAUGUGCCCGAAGUUGUGAAGCGGGAAAUUCAGGACCUGGAGACACGCCUGGCACUUCUGCGAGAUGACGACGAGUUCUACGACGCCGAGGACGGGGACGACACCGCCCCCACCGUGCUGGGCGACCAGAAGCCCCAGGACCUGCUCAGCCACGUCAUUCCAGAGUAUGACGAGGCGAACACGCAGGACUUCAAUGGCGACCAGACCGAGCUCUAUCCCCAGGUGAACCUCCAUAACGCGGGCCAGGAGUAUGAUAAGGCGAACCUCCAGGACUUCAAGGGCGACCAGACCGAGCUCUACCCCCAGGCGAACCCCGACAGCGCGAAUCAUCACCAUGGCAACGGCCAUUUUGAAGAGCAGCUUCGUCAGGACUCGUCCUCCCACGACAUGCACUACGAGCACCACGUUUCCGAAUCUCUUCGGACCAUGAAUCCUUUUGCGGAGGAGUCACCUGACGACCACCUCAACGCGGAGAACCAUGUCAAUCCUUUUCUCUCCAACAAUGAGGUGAAGAAUUCGACGUUCCCUUUGCCAUUGCCUGAGGCGUUCAUCAUGGCAAAGGCCGGACAACUUCUUGAAGAACCUGAACCAGAUGAUGGGGAGCUGGUCGCCAAGAGACAUCUACUUGCUAACCGGCUACAAGUUGACGACCUCGAACGAGUGCUACAAGCACAAAGGCUACCACCUGCCCGAGGUACCCGCAACC